AUUUCUGUUAUAGUGAAGAAGAAAUCGAAGUAAUGUGUUUGGAUAUUCAACAUGCGAAAAAUCUUGGAGCACAUGGAGUCAUUUUUGGAAUUUUAAAGCCUGAUGGUAGCGUAGAUGUUGAAAGAGUUGCCAA